GCGUCAGCCACCUCCAGUUGGAACCGGGGCUGCGCGCUUGACCGCGGUGGCGGUGCUGGCGAAGGGAAGGGGGAGGGGCGCUCCCUAGAGCUCGGGAUUAUUUUUGGCUCCGCAGCCCCGGCUGCUCGCCGCCUGUGGCGCGCGCUCACACACAUUCUCACACACAGACACGCGCGCACACACAUAUGCACACAUUUUCUCGUUCGCUCUCUCGUCCUCCUUUGUUUAUUUUCUAAUCCAUAUUUUUAUUUGAAGAUCUCCUCUUCACUCUCUCCCGCCCGCCUGCCGGCACUCUCGCGGGCCAACCGGGUGCACACCGCUCCCCUCCGUCACCCCAGCCCUCCUCCCUUCUCCCCGAGCGCGGGGUUUGAAGGUCACCUCCUUUCCAGUCCCCGUGCCAGCCGCGCCGCCACCGCCGCCUCCAGCCGGAGCCGGUGGCACAGGCUGCGCUGCCGUGAAGUGGUUCUCGCAGCCGCGGCGGCGGCAGCCCAGGGUCCGCGCCGGUUGGGGAAGCCCGAACUCGCAGAGGGGAAUCCCUCUCGCUUCACCCCAGCCCCUGGCUGCGCCCGCGGUGGGGCGGGGACGCUCUGCUAGCCCGCGAACGGCAGAGGCGGCGGCCGCGACCAGACCCACGCGUGCGCCUCCCCGGCAGGAGGAGGAAGGAGCGAACAGGGCACCCCGCAUCUGGAGGGGACAGCGGCGCGCCCCGCCCGUGCGUCCGGAGCGAGAGAACUCCGAGCCUGCCACCAGGCAGAGCGCGGAGAAGCGGACUGUGCACCCCGGGACCGAGGAACCUUGCGCUCCAGACCCCCGGGCAGUGGCCGUCCGGGCCCAGCGGUGCUUACUCGCACCGCGCGCAGCUGCGCCCAGCCUGCCGCCCAGGCAGGGGCGCCAGGGCGGGGCUGACCUGCCAGCAAAGUUGCGGGCAGCCUGGGAGAAGCCAGCACCCCCUUUCGCCAUCUCCAGCUCAUGGUGAGUGUGGCUGAGGGUGCAGAGAGCGCAGGGAAAUUGGAGGGUCUGGGGCCGAGCGGAAGGCGACCGGAGCCGGGUGCGGCGGGAGUUCUAGGAAACUGCUCAAAGAACUCAUGCAAGUGGAACUUACAGCUUCCUUGAUCAGACUCAACAUUCAGAUAUCAAAGUAGACUGCAAUACCUGUGUGGAAAUAGAGGACAGAAAGGUUUCAAGACAACAGAUGAAUUGUGAAAGAGAGCAGCUAAGGGGUAACCAGGAAGCAGCAGCUGCCCCUGACACAAUGGCUCAGCCUUACGCUUCGGCCCAGUUUGCCCCCCCUCAGAACGGCAUCCCCGCGGAAUACACGGCCCCUCAUCCCCACCCCGCGCCAGAGUACACGGGCCAGACCACCGUUCCCGAGCACACGUUAAACCUGUACCCUGCCGCGCAGUCGCACUCGGAGCAGAGCGCAGCGGACACGAGCGCGCACACCGUCUCGGGCACCGCCACACAGACAGAUGAUGCGGCGCCCACGGAUGGUCAGCCCCAGACACAGCCUUCCGAAAAUACGGAAAAUAAGUCCCAGCCCAAGAGGCUGCACGUCUCCAACAUCCCCUUCAGGUUCCGGGAUCCCGACCUCCGACAAAUGUUUGGCCAAUUUGGUAAAAUCUUAGAUGUUGAAAUUAUUUUUAAUGAGCGAGGCUCAAAGGGAUUUGGUUUCGUAACUUUCGAAAAUAGUGCCGAUGCGGACAGGGCGAGGGAGAAAUUACACGGCACCGUGGUAGAGGGCCGUAAAAUCGAGGUAAAUAAUGCCACAGCACGUGUAAUGACAAAUAAAAAGACUGUCAACCCUUAUACAAAUGGCUGGAAAUUGAAUCCAGUUGUGGGUGCAGUGUACAGUCCCGAAUUCUAUGCAGGCACCGUGCUGUUGUGCCAGGCAAACCAGGAGGGAUCUUCCAUGUACAGUGCCCCCAGUUCACUUGUAUAUACCUCCGCAAUGCCCGGCUUCCCGUAUCCAGCCGCCACCGCCGCGGCCGCCUACCGAGGGGCGCACCUGCGAGGCCGUGGCCGCACCGUGUACAACACCUUCCGGGCCGCGGCGCCCCCGCCCCCGAUCCCGGCCUACGGCGGUGUUGUUUACCAGGAUGGAUUUUAUGGUGCAGACAUUUAUGGUGGUUACGCUGCGUAUCGCUACGCCCAGCCCACCCCUGCCACCGCUGCUGCCUACAGUGACAGAAAUCAGUUCGUCUUCGUUGCAGCAGAUGAAAUUUCUUGUAACACCUCUGCAGUUACGGACGAGUUUAUGCUACCGACCCCUACCACCACACACUUGCUCCAGCCCCCACCUACGGCGUUGGUGCCAUGAAUGCUUUUGCACCCUUGACUGAUGCCAAGACUAGGAGCCAUGCUGAUGAUGUGGGUCUCGUUCUUUCUUCAUUGCAGGCUAGUAUAUACCGAGGGGGAUACAACCGUUUUGCUCCAUACUAAAUGACAAAACCAUAAAAACCUUCCAAUGUGGGGAGAAAGGGAGCUUUCCGAGGCCUGGGUAUUGCAAUACAUGCAGUAGUGCAUCAUUUUAGCAUCUAAAAAAAAAAUAAAAAGAGGAAAAAAAGUACAUUUUUUAUCUUAUACCUCAGAUAUUUUGUUCUGUGUAUUUUAAUAUUGUGGGUCUUUCAUUUCCUGAAGGUUCCGUAGUUUGGUUGCUGGCUGUAGGAGUUUUUGUGGUUGAUCUAGGGAGAUGCUAGCUAUGACUAAAAACUGGUGUAGGGCCAUGUCCAGAGUGCUCUCUCAUGUAAAUGAAUUAUAUAUGCUGAAUAUUAAGCUACUGGGGCUAUCAGCUGUUUGGGAAGCGUGUAAGUGACUACAGGAGUCAUGUUCUUCUGCAUCUGCGUUAUUUUAUUUUAUGAAAGGGGAAGGGUGGGCGGCACCGAGGGGGUUGGGACUGGGGUUUGGCUGAAAGAAAAAAAAAAUAGUAACUGAUGAAUCUAAACGACCCACACUGCACCAACAACCAUAUAGCAACGGUUCUAAGUCACUCGUUGUCAGUUCAAGCCAAAGGUUAUGUUGUUAAGGGGAUGCUUCUAAUAACACUUGUGCAUCCGAGCUGAAUGCAGCUGUGCAAACCCACCCUUUAAACCAUUCCACCCGGCGGUAUUCAGCUUCUUAACCAGCCGCUAGUUAUUUAGGCAAAAGACUGGUAGUUAGGCCAUCCACAAGCAUUCUUUUUAUAUUUCUUCCAGUAUAAUAAAUUAUUGAUAUCAUUGCUGACUUUUAUAUUAUGGGAGGGAAAAAAAAUAACAUUAAUAAAAAGGUGAUAAAAAGCACUGUUUCUAUUUUUUUCUUUUUUUCCAAAAAAAAGAAAGUAAUAAAAACUUAAAUUCUUUGUACCAGUGAAAAAAAAUGUAUAAAAUUUACAUCUGUGCAGUGGCAUUGUUAAGUUCUAGAAACAGUCAUAUGAAGCUUUAGUUUUAGCCUCGUAGAACAACUGUUACAGACAGACGUAUAAUUUUUAUGGAAUUACAUGAUAAUCACAUUCGGAUUUAUAGAAGCAUUUUACAAGUAUUGCAGUCAUUGGGUAGAGAUGAUCAUGGUACUUUCAUCCGCUUGGUACUUUUUGAAACAUGACCGUGUCGUGUAAGCAACCUGCAAUUUUUCAGUCCGUGAGAGCCCGCCCUCCCAUUUCUCCUGGUCCCCAAGGAUUCUCUCAAAUCAGUAUCUUUAGUUUGUUUCUUUUUUUGUCUCCAAGGCCCAGGACACUUGUCAGAAGGAAGCAAAAAAGUAGGUCCACCCUCAACAUCCCCCAAAGAACAAAGUCCCCCCACCUCUGAAGCAGGGCCCGAAUGACACAGCCGAAAAAUUGCAGUUUGUCUGUAUACUUCUUCUGUUUGAAGUCUUUCCAUGUUGUCCUGUUUACAAAGUUAAUCUAAGUUGGGUGUCACAGACCUUCCUGUUUUUGUACUUAAAUAAAAAAAAAAAAAAAUCCUGCAGCAAGUCGUCCCCAGUAGUUUUGCUGCCAUAGGUAAAAUGUCCAUGUGUGCGGUGCAGGCCAUAUGGCAUGCACUUUAGUAACGCUAUCAAUUCACCGCUGUGAACCUGCCAAACUGCUGUAACAACUCUGCUUUAAGACAAAAACCAAACAAAACUUAAAAAAAAAAAAGUGUUUGUGAUCCAGCUUUUCUCUUGUCAUCCUAUGUGCAUGCAGUAAGAUCGGUUGGAUAUUAAAUAAAGUUUCACGAGAUUUGAAAACUGAGUUUCUGUAGCUUCGCUAUCUAAGACAGAUCACCGUGAUCUUGCAAAAAGAGAGAAACGGGGGAAAAAAACUGCUUAGCGGCCAAAAGUAGAAAAAAAUGUUCUUUUCACCAGAUUGAUUUGGCGGGGGCGGGGGCGCGUGAGGGUGUUUUAGAGCAUCCCUGAGGCAUUCUCGUCCCCCCACCUGGAAGAUGGUGUCAUGACAGUGGGUGCCUGGUUGAUGUUUUUAAGGGAAACGAUGUACUAAAAUGCUAACGCAUCCGACCCCAAAGGGGAACAAGGUAGAAGGAACAGAGGGCUCGGGAGAAUCAAGUGAUGUCUCCCAUUUGCCUCAGAUUUCAAAAUCCAGAAUUUGCAUUGUAUUUGGAAUCACAAACAUAGAAUUCUUACUGUGUUGGUUCAAGUAAAAUUAAUUUGCAGUUUUGAUUUUCAUCGAUGAGCUGUACUUUCCCCCAUGAUUGUAUGUAGUUUUAAUAAAAUCAUUUAGAGCCGCCUGGGUGCCAACUGAUGUUACAGAAUCUUUUGUCAGGCACUCCUCCAAGAGGCCAAUAAGUCAUUUUAAACUGUAUGUCAGAGAUGUAAACAGACAUUUUGGAUUUUUUUAAACGGUAUUUAUUUGGAAUGUUUUCAUUUAUCUAAAUAACUAUUGCUAUUAUGAAUUAUGGAAAAAAGAUUACUAUCAUGUGUGGCAUAUAGUGACUUAACACACACCUCACGCAAUCUGCAAACCCAGAAAAUGUGUAUAUCUGUCUUUAGAAAUUAGUGUUUAUAUCACUUACAGUGGUUUGUGAAUAAAGAAAACUGGUUUGUAAUAUCAAAAAAUAAAAGCUUAGUCUGAAAAGGUC